AUGUGCCUUUUAUGCAACAAAGUUUUGGGCAAAGACGCUAUGAAACUAUCUAAACUGCAAGAUCAUCUGAGAAGAUGCCACCCUGAUAAAACAGAGAAAGAUUGGAAAUACUUUCAAACACUCAAAGAUAAAUUUCAGAAGAGACCUACACUGGACAGAAUGUUCGCUUUGACGUCACAAAGAAAUGAUGAUGGUUUGUGGGCGUCUUACAAUAUCUCGUUACUUAUAGCAAAAUCCGGAAACCGUAUAAAUACUAUCGGAGAGAAGUUAAUUUUACCAGCCGUUGAAGAGGUUUUAAAAACUGUUUUACACAAACCUGCAUCUGAUAUCAUUAAAAGAAUUCCCUUAAGCAACAAUACUGUUGAAAGACGUAUUGAUGAAAUGAGUUCUGAUAUUGAAAGCUUCUUAUGCUAUUAUUUGGAAACGACCCAUUUCUCUAUACAAAUGGACGAGUCAACUUUAUCUGAUAAUGCAGCAUUAUUAUUGGCAUAUGUUCGUUUUAUUAUGAAUCAAGAAAUCUACGAAGAACUGCUCUUCGCAAGAACUUUGAUAACCGACACUAAAGGUGAAUCAAUAUUUCAUGUUUUAAAGGAUUACUUCAUUGAAAAAGCAAUUCCUUUAUCAAAUAUAAUAUCAGUAGCUACAGAUGGAGCAUCUGCCAUGGUUGGACGUUAUCGUGGUUUUAUAAGCUAUUUAAAACAAAAUGUGUCAGGGGUGUUAGCAAUACAUUGCGUCAUCCAUCGACAACAUUUAGUUGCUAAAAAUUUGAGUGUUAGAUUGUAUGAAUCACAUCAUUUAGUCAUUGAUGCAGUAAACCGAAUCCGAAGCAACGCGUUGAAUACGCAGUUAUUUGCGCAGUUGUGUGAAGAAAAUGACGAACACUUUCAUCAAUUACUCCUUCACACUGUACGCUGGCUGUCGAAAGGCUUAUGUUUGACAAGAUUUUUUGCACUUUUUGAGACUAUUUUAGAAUUUCUGGAUAUUAAAGAUGAAAUUUUAAAAGAAAAUUUAAUGAAGAGGAAAACAGACAUCGCCUAUUUAACAGAUUUGUUUACAAAAUUUAAUAUGGUUAAUUUGCAAUUACAAGGCGACAGUUUAAAGUUGAUUAAAACAAAGUCCAUCUUAUCAGCGUUUCUUGCCAGUGUUAAACUAAUGAAGCAAAAUAUUGGACGGGGCGAAUUUUCUCAGUUCCCCAAUUUGUCACAGACAAGCUGCCAGGAAGACGACGUUUCAACUUACGUUCAACAUUUAAAUGCCCUCUAUUCAGAUUUUGAAUCUAGGUUUGAGGAUAUUUUGACUAUGGUAAUACCACCGUGGAUAAUUAAUCCAUAUGGUGACAUAGAAGAAACGAAUGUCAUAAUACAAGAGGAACUGACUGAACUAAGUACAAACGAAGAACUUAAAGUUCAGUUUCAAAACGGAUAUCAGCAAUUCUGGCUGCAAAACAACAUACCCGUUACUUAUCCCGUCGAGGAAAUUUUAAUUUCCUUUCCAUCGUCAUACCUAGUGGAAAGGGGGUUCAGCGCUGUUACCAAUCUCCUAACGAAAAAAAGAAACAGACUGGACAUCAUUAGCCGAGGAGAUUUAAGAUUAACCGUUACAAAAUUGACGCCAAAUAUUGACAAUUUAUUAUUAAAGCAUCAGCAUUUGAUAUGUGGAAUGACGCAAAACUGCUCCACCAUCUACUGUCUUCAGAGGAAUAGCAAUAUCGUCUACCCGGUGAUGUGCAGAAUUGCUCUCCAGCAGGCCCGAGCGUCUAUUAUAACCACAAAGAACACGGAGGAAGACGGGGAAGACAUAAUUUACGCUAGAUAUCGCGUUAAGUUUGGAUUUACCUUCAUAGAAAAAGACGAGUUGCAAUUGCCUCAGUGUGUGAUAUGUACGGAAGUUUUAAGUAAUGAUAGCAUGAGGCCCAAUCGCAUUGAAAGGCAUUUGAAGCAACAACAUCCUACUCAUCUAAAAGCUUCAUUUGAAAUAGCUUUUGUGAUAGCAAAGCAAAAGAAAUCUCGUACUAUCGGUGAAGACUUAAUAAAGCCAUGUGUCCUAAAAGCCACGCAAAUAAUUUUAGGAGGAGAUGCAGAGCAAAAAAUGAAGUCUAUUUCUCUUUGGAAUAACACAGUCAAGCGUAGAAUCGAUGACAUUGCAGCAGACAUAAAUUGCGAUGAAGCCACCGACAUCGUUAAUUGUGCACAGUUUAUAGUUUAUGUUUGUUACAUCGGCGAAGAGAUUUUGUACUCUCAAUCUUUGACAGCAGGUACUACAUCUGAAGAUAUAUUUAAUUCAAUAUCAAAUUAUGUUGAAAAAAAAUAUUUGGAUUGGAAGAAACUCAUUGGACUUUGCACAGAUGGCGCUCCUGCAAUGAUAGGUGUACGAUCGGGCUUAGCUAAAAAGCUCAAGGAAAAAAAUCCUGCAAUGUACACAUUGUGUUAUCAAUCGGAAAGCUUAGGCUUCCAAAACAUUGCCACAGAAAUUACGCCAGACUUUGGACUCUGCUAUAAGGAUUGUAAACUACAUCAAGAGCAGCGCUUUGAACAGUCGGAUCUCGAUUCUGAUCACAAAGUUCUUCUGUUCCGUAAAGAAGUACGCUGGCUGUCCAGAGGCAACAUGUUGGCCCGCCUUUAUGAACUGAAAGAAGAGUUAAAAGAAGAACACGAUUUCUUGACAAUGUUCAAAGAUGACACAUUUCAAUGGAGGUCGGCUUAUUUAACUGACAUAUUUGACUCCUUGAAUGAGCUAAACUUGAAACUUCAUGGCAGAAAGAACACUAUAAUAAGCAAUUAUGAUUGUACAGGGUGUUUCAGUUUAUUGUUGCAUAACUUUAAGAUUCGAUAG